AUGGUGAAGAAGAAGGAGGAAGACAAGAAGCUCACUCUCCGUCAAAAGAUCAUGAAGGAGGUUCACCAUUACUGGGACGGCACCAAGCUUUUGGCUGCUGAGGUCAAGAUCAGUUCGAAGCUGGCCUUGAAGAUGGCUGCAGGUUACGAGCUCACUCGCAGAGAGCACAGACAACUGCACCGUACUGUCCAGGAUCUCGGUCGUCUUGUUCCCUUCUCGGUCUUUGUCAUUGUGCCAUUCGCAGAGUUGCUGCUCCCCGUCGCUCUGAAGCUCUUCCCCAACAUGCUGCCUAGCACAUACGAGGGCCAGAAGUCCAAGGAAGCAAAGGCCAGUAGUCUUCGUGGCACUCGCAAGGAGGUCAGCAGCUUCUUGCGUCAGACUCUGCAAGAGACUGGUCUGCCUGUCUCUGCCGCCAAUGCACAAAAGGAAGAGUUUACUGAAUUCUUCCGCAAGAUUCGUACUACUGGUGAAGCGCCGACCAAGGCCGAUGUUAUUCGUGUCUGCAAAAUCUUCAAGGACGACUUGACUCUGGACAACCUCUCGCGCCCACAACUUGUUGGUAUCUGCCGCUACAUGUCUUUGACCACUUUCGGCACCGACACCAUGCUUCGUUACCAAGUCAGACAUCGUAUGCGCCAGAUCAAGCGUGACGACAGGGCCAUUUCCUUCGAGGGUGUCGAGGCCUUGUCCGUGCCUGAGCUUCAGACUGCAUGUGCCUCUCGUGGUCUUCGCACUCACGGUGUCUCGCCUGCCAGACUUCGCGACGACCUGACUUUGUGGCUUGAGCUUCGUCUCAAGUAUGGUGUUCCAAGCACUCUUUUGGUUCUCUCCAAUGCUUUCAUGUAUACCCAGGGCAAGGACGUCGAGUUUGACUCUCAGAUCGAUGCCCUGCAGGCUGUCUUGUCUAGCAUUCCGGAGGAACUCUUCCACGAGAUCGAAUUGGAGGUUCACACUGCCGAAGGUGCUGCAACCAACAGGCAGCGUCUGGAGGUUCUUCGUGAGCAGCAGGAACUGAUUGAGGAUGAGAACGAGCAAAGUGAAAAGCAGAGCGAGGGCGGACAGUCUGCUCGCGUGAAUGAUCUGGAGAACAUUGACGAAAAGGAGGAUGAAGGCCGCCAGGAAGACGUUCUGAGACGUGAACAUGAGGCCGAGCUGCAAGCUCAAGCAAACACAUCGACCUCGGCGACCGGUGCUCAACAAUCAUCGGAGACGAAGGCUGAAGACAAGAAGGCAUGA